AUGUGCGAAACCCAUGAGAUGAGGAAAGAAAGAGAACUGGAGGAGAAAGGGCACUGGAGCUCCAGCUGGGAGUAUGAAGAUUGCAGGAAUCUACAGAAAAGGGACCUUACAGCGCUGGAUGGACUUUACAGAGAAGGUGACUUGGAUUCCAGAUACCAGACCACAGGGCAGAAUCAACCCUACAGAAAAAGGCAUUGUGGAUACUGGGAUUUUGAGCAGAGUGAACCAAGCUCUAUGGACAAUGAGGAAGCAAAGGAAAGUAGAAAGGACUGUAUGUACCACGGAAGUGUGACUCCAGCCUGUAAUGAUUAUAAGAAUUCAGAAAACGUAGAUUAUGGGAAUCCGAACCCUGCGACUAAGGAUGAUUGGUUUGCAGGAAGCCCAGAUGUAACCUGGAAAGCUGGAGGAUAUGGGGAGACGAAUGGCCGCGUAAAUCGUAAGAAUCUGAAUAGUAAUCCUGAGGACUCUAAAGAAACUGGACAAUGGACUGGCUACAGGGGUUUGGAUGAUUCUGUGGAGAAUUUUGGUCAACCUCAAAACCGGCAUAUAGACCGCAGGAAUUUUAAUUACAAUCUUGAGGAUUGUAACGAAACUAAUUUUUAUUAUAGAGACCUCAAUGAUUUAUAUCAUGUUCCUGGGAAUUAUACUAAUGGUCAGUCUGCAGACUUCCCAGACUUGAAUGGUGUCAAUGAAGGUAAUGAAUUUGUCAAAUACUGUGACAGGGACAGGAAUGUUUAUCAGAAUGAUAAAAUCGAUCUCAAAGUGAAGACUCAUGCCGGGGAUCAGAGUAAUUUUGAUAUGGAGAAUAGAGGCUCUGAUACUCUGUUUGCAAACUGUGAAUAUAAAUUUCAGAAUUACAGAGGAACAGAUUCUCUCCACCAGAUGAAGACUUUGGAGUGUAAUGGCCUUGACAGACUAGGAAUGAUGGCACCUGGGAGCAGAGGGGUCAUCCCGGAGGGUCUGCGGAAUCAAUGGACCACGGGGAACCAAGGAGAACAUCAUCGUGGCAUUCCUUGGGGCACUUCAUUAGAGAAGAAUAGCUGGCAUUUAGAGGAAGAGAGAAAAUUAAAUGGCCCGGAGACUUGGAAAAGGAAUAGCCGCUUCCGCAGCACAGCACCCAGCACCCUGAGAUGCUCAGAAUUUGUGCAAAACAGGAAGAGAGCCCAAGUUGGUUGAAUCAGCAGAUGCAGAACCUGUGGAUACAGAGGGCCUACUGUAGAAGCGAUUCCUUAAAAGUUCGGACAGUAAUUGCAGUGGAGCAAGAAAAUCUUCUUGUUUUGUUUUUCUCCCAAGAUAAAAACCUGCGCAGAUUUGAAGGCACUUUUCCCAGUGUUACACAGAUAGUUCAAAGUUUUUAAGACUCUCAGAGUCAAGGUUUCUUUUCAUUGCAAGUAUGUGAAUAUAUCUCUGUAGCUACAGUCUGUAUUCAAACCACUGGAA